AUGGGAAUUACAACCAAAAAUUUCAUUGAGCAGCUGCCGACGAUCCGCCAGACCAUUCGGGAGGCUAGCUUCUUCGCCAGCGAUGGGGAAUUCACCAGGCUGAUCUCGGAUCGAAAUGUGCUUCCCUUCGAUACACCGGAGGAGGUGUACCUGAAGACGAUCGACAAUUCGGUCGAUUUCGUUAUUAUUCAGCUGAGACUGUGCGCCUUCCGAGUUGAUCCCGAGAGCGGCAAGGUCUCGGCCAGGUGCUUCAACUUUUACUGCUAUCCGAAGGAAAGGGUGCACAAAUUUUCUUGGCAGGGAGAGAGUAUGCGCUUCCUGGCGGAAAAUGGGUUCGAUUUCAAUAAACUGUUCAGAGAGGGGUUGUCCUACUGUGGCGCAGCGGACGAAGAUCGACUGAGAACGGAACUCAAAGAACGGCAGGAUCAACGAGCCGUAGCGCUGGAAACGGACGAAGAGGAAAAUGGCAAUAACUAUUCGCUGAACAUGGUCCCUGUUCCGGAGGUGGAAAAUCUGAUGGGAGAAAUCAGUGAGCGAAUCGAGGAAUUCCUAAAAUCGGAAGAUAAAGACUACACCAUAACUAACUGCAAUGGAUUCCAACGCAAGCUGGUAUAUCAAAUGAUUGAUUCACAGUUCAGGAAGACGGUCUCAACCUCUUUCGUGACCUUGGAGAACAAUCAUAAGGAUAGCUUUGUGGAACGCAAAAGAACGAAAGAACAGGAGCUGAAACUGAAAGAGGAACGGGUGGCUCAGAAAAAUGAAGAUCUGGAACGCAUGGUUGGCCUCUCGCUGGUUCUGCAGGAAUUGUCCCGGGCGAGAAAAUUGAUCAUUGGACACAACAUGCUGUUAGAUUUGCUGUUUAUCAUACGGCAGUUUUUCCGGUCGCUACCGCACUGCUAUCAGGAGUUUAAGAAGAUCGUUCGAAAUCAGAAGAUAUCGAGCAAAGAAUAGGCCAAUACAUUGAGCUUCUACCACGGGUACGUUAGUUCGUUGAGUUGGACGAUGAGGGAUGCCUAGAAAUAUUAUCCUGCAUGCGAUCAUUGAAGAAAAUUUGCCAAUCAAGUGGCUCCGCUGGGUUCCGUUAUGGAUCCGUAUAGUACUGCGCGACCGCGCUGCGUCGCCAUUGCCGAUACUAAUUACACUAAUUAGCAUCAAACGAGGAAUCGACGAUGUGCCAUAUGCCGAUAAGUUAGGCUUAAGUUGCAUCGAAGCCACAGCUUAAACUUUCUAGAGCACAAAUCUGGAUAACCGAACAACCGU